CUGACCCCUGAUGCAGUCCUAUCUUAAUCGGGAAGUCAUCGGUGUCGACAUCACUUGUUCGAACACUUGUCACAACAUUAUCGUACAUGUCCUUGAUGAGGGUAAUAUACUUUGCUGGGACUUUGUGUUUCUUCAAGGCCCAUCACAUGACAUUCCGCGGUAUCUUAUCAUAGGCCUUCUCCAAGUUUUUUCAUAUUUUAUUCUGUAUUGUAAAUUUUGAUAUUUUAUUCUAUAAUCUUGGUCAAACAUACACAAGUUUGACUUGCAUGAAUAUCGAUACACCUUAUAUUCUGGAAUGGAGGGAGUACUAUUUAAUCGUUGCAAUCUAUUUUGCAUAAGCGGUUCUUUGUUGACAUGUUCCAGGUUGUAGUUGCGAAUGCUGGGGAUGCUAAAGCAGUAUUAGCUCGUUCUACUUCAACUGAUGGUGAAGGUGUGGUGGCUGACACCAAAAGUCCACUGAAAGCUAUUGUUUUGACAAGAGAACACAAAGCCAUCUUUCCACAAGAACGCUCGAGAAUCCAGAAGGCUGGAGGUUCUGUUGGUCCUAAUGGAAGACUACAAGGGCGCAUUGAAGUAUCUAGAGCUCUUGGAGAUCGUCACUUUAAGAAGGUGGGGUUGAUUGCAACACCAGAUGUCCAUUCUUUUGAACUCACAGUGAAGGACCAUUUCAUCAUUCUUGGGUGUGAUGGCUUGUGGGGAGUGUUUGGGCCAAGUGACGCUGUUGAAUUUGUCCAGAAGCAAUUGAAGGAGACGUCCUCAGCCACGCUCGCGGUGCGGCGCCUGGUGAAGGAGGCUGUCCGCGAGAGGCGGUGCAAGGAUAACUGCACUGCUGUUCUGAUCGUCUUCAAGCACUAGAAUUGUUUGGCUGUUGCAACAAGCUUCUCACAGAACUGAACCCGAGAAGAGAAAUUUGCGAAGAGCAAUAUGUGAUUCAAGCCUUCAUGAUUUCCGUGCUCUGGCAAACGAUUGUGCGUGUCCAUGAGAACACUGUUAGUGCACUAUCUGUACUUCGUUUUGACAAUUUUUUUUUUUGCUUUUUCCAACCUUGAUUCUUGUAGCAAAAGCCCCUCUAAACUGCUAUAAAGAAAUGUUACUUGGCCGGUCUCAUGUGACCCAA